UAUCAAUCAAUUAAACAUCGAUAAUGUCUAUAACUAUACCCGAUCUUCGAUUUGAACAAACAUUUCUUCGUUCAUUGAACACAUAUGCUGGUGAUACCAAACAUGCAGAACCAGAGGGAGAAAAUUUAAUGAAAAAGACCAAAAGAUCGAAAAAUGGUAAAUUAAAUUUUGAUGUAGAUGCCGCUGCUAUGGUACCUUCAGAACCUACACCUCUUGUCACACCUUCAAUAGUUGCUUAUGCUGUGAUCAAGGAUCAGAUAAUUAUGCCACUUCUUCAAGGAUUCCUCUGGGCGGGGAUCCUAGUUGUAAUUUCGCCACUUAGAUCUCAUAUUGUAGCUGGUGGACAACUGUGUGGGAAAUGGUUAUUCAAUGCAGUUGGAUUAGGAAACUUAAGACCAAUACAAACAUUGAAAGAUGCAAAUGUGAUAUAGAAAGAGUAAAUAUGUAUAUUAGAAAUAAAAA